UGUUUAAGUAUAGUUACACACAUCAUAGCCCUUGUCUCGAGGUGAUUGAAGGCUUCAAUCUAGCACGCGUUUAUGCGCGUGCAUUGAACAGAAACAAUGGGCAUGCUACUCAGUAAUCUCUGAACAGCUGUAACGGCAAAAAAGGUAGCCACAUCAUCAGCUGCUGAUGCACAUCAAUGAAAAUUGUAGUGGAGUUUUAAUCCUAAUAAAAAAUAAAUGGCGUAAGUCAAUUUUGGCGUCAGUUUUGUUUAUCGGUGAGAAUCUUGGACCUCCCCAACCCCAACGAUCGAAAACUUGAAACAAGGCCGGCCACCAAACACCAGCACGGUCAGGUCAGAAAACAAUUCCAAGGCGUCAGUUUUGUAGAAUAGAUUGGAUUCCUUAACCCUAAUUAGGUCACUAAGCCGAUGAACAUCGCCUGUGCUGUGCUGCAAUCCAAUCCACAGGUCCCUCUUUAUUUUAAGGUCUUUCUCAGUCCCUCUCUCUAGAGGACAAUCUCGCUUUGUUUUUGGUGAAGCGAACAGCCGAGUCUCUCCCUCACACGCGCACAUACGCACACACACAGUGAGGAGAGGUGAGGUGAGAGUCCCUCUCCACUCCACGAGAACCUCUCCCAUUCCAUGCCAUGUGAUGUGAAGGCGUCUGUCUCCUACCUCCUCCCUCGGACGCAGAGCCCCGUGCUUUCCCCACUGCCUCUGCCUCUGCCUCUGCCUCGCCUUAUCAUCACCACACAUGUGAUUCAGUAAACAGAUUCACUGCACUGCACUGCACCAUUUGUUUUGCUGCCCCCCUCCCCUUCAGUUCGGACCUCCCUUCAGUUCGAGUCUCCUUCCCUCUUCUUUGAUUGCUUCCACUGUUGCUCAUCCUCUCCUUCUUCUUCUCCUCUCCGUAUGCCCAUGUGUCUCCUGCCCUGAUUGAUCUCCUCACUCACUGUUCUUGGUGGCAGCUUCUUCUUUCUGUUAGGUGUCAGGUUCCUCUGUUCAUCGGCGCCAGCUUUCUAGAUUCAACUUUGCCUCUGAAUCGUCUGGGUGGGAGGAGUAUCGAUGCUUUGGUUGGCCUCCCACCAAUGGUGAAUCCGACUUAGUUUGCCGUCGAAGAAAGGAACAGAAACCGCUGGCAAGGGGGAGAAAAAGAUGCGGGGUUUGAGUAGGCUUGGCGUCGGGCUCACGGUGGUGUCCGCGCUCCUCCUCCUCGCGCUCGCCGCCGAGCUCUACUACCUCCUCGUGCACAAGCGCCGCCAGCGACGACGCGCCGCCGCCGUCUCCGACGCCGCCUCCUCGCCCUCCUCCUCCCGCGAGCUGCUCCAGCUCUUCUGCUUCAAGAAGCCGCCCGCGCUCGCCUCCACCUACGCGCAGGAGCCGACCCAAGCCGUGGCCGAGGUCGUCGUCGACGAGGACGAGGACGAGGACGACGAGACGGUGGAGGCGCAGCUGAUGCGGCUGGGCAGUCUCGUCGGCCCGCCGCGGCUGCUCUUCACCAUCAAGGAGGAGACCAAGGAGGACCUCGAGUCCGAGGACGGCCGGAGCAGGUGCGGGAGGAGCCGGAGCCUCGGCGACCUGCUGCAUUGCUCCGAGACGCCGUACCUCACGCCCGCCUCCUCGCCCCUCCCGCCGGCCAUGGAGAAAUCGUACAACCCGCUGUUCGAGUCCCCGGCGGCGAGCCCGGCCGCGGUGGCGGCGUCGCCGCCGCCCAAGCUCCAGUUCCUCAAGGACGCGGAGGAGAAGCUGUACCGGCGGGCACUGGCCGAGGAGGCGAAGAGGGCGCGGGGGUCUCCGUCGCCGUCGCCGGCGGCCGGCGAGGAGGACGGCGGCGGGUACAUCACCAUCGUGGUGGGGAAGAACACCCGGGUCAUCCCCUUGCCCUCGCCUCCCGGCAGCGCCUGAAAAAAGGUGGCCUUUGUUAACUCGUCUGAUGCAGAUGCAGAGUCAGUCAGUCAGUGUUCCGUUCUAGCGUAGCCUCUGUGCUGUGAUCUUUUUUUGAUCAUUCCAAUUGGAUGAUUGGAUGUACAUAACAUGAACAUGGCGAGGAACUGAGAACUUGGGAUCAAUCUUUUCUUCUACUAGUAGUUCUAUUUGUGCUAUGUGACAACUUGUGACUUUAAGGUGCAAGUUAAUUACAGUACUGUAAUUUUGUUGCUGUAGGAGGCAAAACAUUUGCACUCUUAUUUGCCUGUUAUGUAUGACGAACAUAAAUGGACUAUCAUCCCAGAUGAUCAGAAUAUCAUUCUUCUUAUGAAUUCCAUUAAUCCUAAUGUAAUGAA